GACAGCUAUUUACUUAGCGCAAAUGAUUAGUUUUAGAAGGAUGGACUGUAACAUUGAAUCAAUUACAAAACGCGGUUUUUGAGCCCAUUACAUUUGGAGCUAGAGGGAGAGAAACAGGAGGGCACUGCAGCAGCGAACUGGAGGCCUCCGGUGGACUUUUGACUCCAUGUGUAGGAUUUUCCUUGUGGACUGACGUAGGAGAAGCAACUGGGAUUUAAGGAAUUUGGAGCUGCACUCCGAGGGGCCCGAGCUGCGCGUGGUGGUCUCCACCCCCACCCGUCUCAUCUCGCCUCCUCCUUCGCGAGGAUAACUGGAGAGGCUGUGCCGUGGCUGCUCGCUCCCGGCUUCUAGCAACGGAGAGGCAAGGUCUCCGAAGAAGCGCUGGCCUUCUCGGGAAGACUCCUCGACGUGGCUGCAGUUUUCCAGAGCUAUGGGGACGUCCCACGAGGUCGUCUUGGUCCUCGGCUGUCUCCUUGCAGAACUGAGCUUAGCCCUCGGCCAGCUUUCAUUGCCUGCCAUCCUUCCAAACGAAAAGGAACAGGUUGUGCAGCUGAAUUCAUCCUUUUCUCUGCAAUGCUCUGGGGAGAGCGAAGUGAGCUGGAAGUACCCGGCGACUGAAGGGGAGGCCCCUGACGUGGCCAUCAGGAGCGAAGAGAACAACAGCGGCCUUUUUGUGGUGGUGCUGGAAGUGGCCAAUGCCUCUGCAGCCCACACUGGCUGGUACACCUGCUACUACAACCACACAGAGACGGAGGAAGGCGAGGUUGAGGGCAGGCACCUCUACAUCUACGUGCCGGACCCAGAGGUGGCCUUUUUGCCGCUAGAAAUGACAGAUUACAUAGUCCUUGCAGACAACGAUGACUCUGCCAUCAUCCCCUGCCGUACGACAGAUCCCAGCACUCCGGUGACCUUGCACAACAGCAUGGGGCUGGUGCCAGCCUCUUAUGACAGCAAGAAGGGCUUCAAUGGGACCUUCAACAUGGGGCCGUACUUCUGUGAGGCCACGGUCCAAGGGAGGACAUUCCAGACAAUGCUAUUUAAUAUCGUUACUUUGAAAGCUGAACCGCAGCUGGACCUAGAAAUGGAAGCUCUGAAGACUGUGUAUAAGGCAGGGGAGACGAUCCUGGUCACCUGCACUGUCUUUAACAAUGAGGUGGUCGACUUUCAGUGGACCUACCCUGGAGUGGUGAAAAACAAAGGCACCCUGAACCUUCAGGAAAUCAAAUUUCCAAACUUCAAGUUGGUGUACACUUUGACAGUCCCUGAGGCCUCAGUGAAAGACAGUGGAGACUACGAAUGUGUUGCUCGUCAUGCCACCGAGGAUGUCAAAGAAAUGAAGAAAGUCACCAUUUCUGUGCACGAGAAAGGGUUCGUGGAGAUCAAGCCCACCUUUGGCCACAUGGAAUCUGUCAACCUUCAUGAGGUCAGACAUUUCGUGGUGGACAUACAGGCCUACCCACCUCCCCGGAUCUCCUGGCUGAAGGACAACUUGACACUGAUUGAAAAUCUCACUGAGAUUACCACUGACGUGGAAAAGAUUCGGGAAAUAAGGUAUCGAAGCAAAUUGAAGCUGAUCCGUGCGAAGGAAGAAGACAGUGGCCAUUACACUAUUGUAGUUCAAAAUGAAGAUGAUGUGAAGAGCUACACAUUUGAGCUGCUAACUCAAGUUCCCUCAUCCAUUCUGGACCUGGUUGAUGACCACCAUGGCUCUGGGAGGGUACAGACUGUGAGGUGCACGGCGGAAGGCCUCCCCCUGCCUGACAUCGAGUGGAUGAUCUGCAGGGACAUUAAGCGAUGUAAUAAUGAAACUUCAUGGACAGUUUUGACCAACAAUGUCUCAAAUAUCAUCAUGGAGACGCAUCCCCAGGGCAAAAGCAUCGUGGAGGGCCGAGUGACAUUCGCCAAAGUGGAGGAGACCCUUGCAGUUCGGUGCGUGGCCAGGAAUCUGCUUGGGUCUGGCAACCGGGAGCUGAAGCUGGUUGUUCCCACCCUGCAUUCUGAACUCACAGUGGCAGCUGCAGUGCUGGUGUUGUUGGUGAUUGUGAUCAUCUCACUGAUUGUCCUGGUUGUCAUUUGGAAGCAGAAACCGAGGUAUGAAAUUCGCUGGAGGGUCAUUGAAUCAAUCAGCCCUGAUGGACAUGAAUAUAUUUAUGUGGAUCCGAUGCAACUGCCUUAUGACUCGAGAUGGGAAUUUCCAAGAGAUGGAUUAGUGCUCGGUCGCAUCCUGGGAUCCGGGGCCUUUGGCAAGGUGGUGGAGGGAACAGCAUACGGGCUCAGCCGCUCGCAGCCUGUUAUGAAGGUGGCGGUGAAGAUGCUCAAACCCACGGCCAGAUCCAGUGAAAAACAAGCUCUCAUGUCUGAACUGAAGAUAAUGACUCACCUGGGGCCACAUUUAAACAUUGUGAACUUGCUGGGAGCCUGUACCAAGUCAGGCCCCAUUUACAUCAUCACUGAAUACUGCUUCUAUGGGGAUUUGGUCAACUAUUUGCAUAAGAAUAGGGAUAGCUUCCUGAGCCGACACCCUGAGAAGCCCAAGAAAGAACUGGACAUCUUUGGACUGAACCCUACAGAUGAAAGCACAAGGAGCUAUGUGAUUUUAUCUUUCGAAAACAAUGGCGACUACAUGGACAUGAAGCAGGCUGAUGCCACCCAGUAUGUCCCCAUGCUGGAAAGGAAAGAGGUUUCUAAGUACUCCGAUAUCCAGAGAUCACUGUAUGAUCGUCCUGUCUCAUACAAGAAGAAAUCUAUGCUAGACUCAGAAGUCAAAAACCUCCUCUCAGAUGAUAGCUCUGAGGGCCUUACUUUGUUGGAUUUGUUGAGCUUCACCUACCAGGUUGCCCGAGGAAUGGAGUUUUUGGCUUCAAAAAACUGUGUCCACCGUGACCUGGCAGCUCGUAACGUCCUCCUGGCACAAGGGAAAAUCGUGAAGAUCUGCGACUUCGGCCUGGCCAGAGACAUUAUGCAUGAUUCAAACUACGUGUCCAAAGGCAGCACAUUCUUGCCUGUGAAGUGGAUGGCUCCUGAGAGCAUCUUCGACAACCUCUACACCACCCUAAGUGACGUCUGGUCUUACGGCAUUCUGCUGUGGGAGAUCUUUUCUCUUGGUGGCACACCCUACCCUGGCAUGAUGGUGGACUCUACUUUCUACAACAAGAUCAAGAGUGGGUACCGGAUGGCCAAGCCUGACCACGCCACCAGCGAAGUCUAUGACAUCAUGAUGCAGUGCUGGAACAGUGAGCCAGAGAAGAGACCUUCCUUUUACCACCUCAGUGAGAUAGUGGAGAACCUGCUGCCGGGACAGUAUAAAAAGAGUUAUGAGAAAAUCCACCUGGACUUCCUAAAGAGUGACCAUCCUGCCGUGGCACGCAUGCGUGUGGACUCAGACAACACGUAUAUCGGUGUUUUCUACAAAAAUGAGGAAGACAAGCUGAAAGACUGGGAGGGUGGCCUGGAUGAGCAGAGACUGAGCGCCGACAGUGGCUAUAUCAUUCCUCUGCCUGACAUUGACCCUGUGCCUGAGGAGGAAGACCUGGGAAAGAGGAACAGGCACAGCUCACAGACCUCUGAGGAAAGUGCCAUUGAGACAGGUUCCAGCAGUUCUACCUUCAUCAAGAGGGAGGAUGAGACCAUUGAGGACAUUGAUAUGAUGGAUGACAUUGGAAUUGACUCCUCGGAUCUGGUGGAGGACAGCUUCCUGUAACUGACAGAUCCAGUGGGCACCUUCUACUCCAGGAGCUACCUGCGGGUCCCUUUAAGAAAACCACUUUCUUGCAAUGCAAAGGUUGAGACUUGGAUGAUGGGUGAAGAGGACUUCCCAGCCAUGGGCCUGGGGAGCCUUCUGAAUAUGAAUGAGUGGGAUUUUUGAAACGAACUUUUUCAGCAUUGCCUCUUGCAAUGCUUCAGUAGCAUCUCAGCGGCCUGUGAAGUUUGGAAAUAGAUGGACAGGGAAUAAUAGGCCACAGAAAAUGAGCUUUGUGUUUCAAGGGCUUUGGUGGGAUUUCCACAUACACAAUUUGUACUGCAGCAAAACCCCAGCAUUGUAAUUAUGUAAAUAACUCUAACCAAGGAUGCAUUCAGACUUUUAUUAACUGUCUUCUCUGGACUUGUGAAGAGACCACUCAAUCCAUCCAUGUACUUCUCUCUUGGAACCUGGUGUCAGCUGCUGUUGAAUUUUCUUACGAAGUACAUGCAAAACCACUUUUGAACCUUAAAAGGUACUGGUACUAUUGCAUUUAUAUUUUUUUCUUAGUGUUAAAGAGUUAAAAGAUAACAAUUAACCAACUUUGUUUACUAGAUUUGGGUCCUUUAGCUGCCCAACAACUCAUUUUCAUAUUGUAAUCGAUAUUUAUAAUAAUACUACUGUUAUCAGUAAUGCUAAAUGAGUAAUAUGUAACAUGAUUUCCCUACAGUGAAAGCACAAUUUAAAAAAAAAACACCCUUUACUAAGUAGAUGGCAAGUUUUACCAUUUUUGACAUUUACCUUAAAUAACAUUUGUUUCUUUAUUAAACAUGAUAAUAGCUAUAGUGGAUUAAAUUUAGUAAACAUAGAGAGCAAAAUAUAAGUAGUGUUGUCCAGGAAGUCAGAGUUUUUAAUUAUGUACUGAAUAGGUUCCCUAAUCCGUUCUACUAAAAACAGUUAAUGACCUCUCAAAUAAUGGGAUUAGAAAUAAACCCCCGAUUCCUAAAUGCUCUCGAUAUAAAGGCAAAAUCCUGUGGCCCACGUGACUUCUGCUGUGACCCAGUGGAAAUCACAAUAGGAUUUACAGAGGUUUCCAUCAUGACUAAUGAUAACUUUGGAUCCCAACAUAUCUUUUUAAAUCUGUGAACCUCAAGAGCCAGGAGGCUACCCUAAUCUCAGCUCCUUUCUUUUAUCUCUUACACUAAAGGGAAGGCGCUUGAAACCCUGAGAUCACAAAGGGGUUUUUCAUGAACCUUGUGUAAAUCAGCCUGGCUCUUAAGUUCCCAUACGGGACUGGCAGUGGGAUCCACUAGAUUCUUCAGAAUCCAAAAAUUCUGCAUUAUUAAGUCUGAUGGAAGGAGGGACCUAUGUUGUUUAUAAACACGCAGGCUAUUUGGAUCAGCCAAUUUUAGAAACACUGGCUUAGGUUACAGGAGGCUGCCAUGGGGAGAAGCAAAAAAAAUUUGAAAUUUGGAUCUGGGCUAGAUAGAAGUCAGCCAUGUGAGAAGCCAACUAUUAAAGUCCUUGGCUUCAGGUCAGUGACAUUUAAUACCAUACGUACAGUAUUUGCUGACUUUAAUUUAGCUUUCCAGUCUUAGCUGAGCCUGAGAAAGCUAGAUUUUGGUUUUUGUCACAUCUUCCGAAACUCAAGACAAAGUAAGGAUGCUGCUUCCUAAUGUAUGGGGGACUUAAACUUGUCUUCCCCCAGGAAAAAUAUGUGCAAAAUUAUCAAACUCCACAUACAGAGCUUCUGACUAGCCAGGCCAAUGUUUUGGUGUAAAAGAUUGAAAAGUUUUCCUGAUAUUUUGGGCGUAGGUGGGAGGAUGGAUUGUUACAUCCAUCCAAACUGUGAAGCUGGUUAGUGUGGGUUCAUUGGCAUUCUCUGAAAUAUGCUUAAUUGCUGACACCGUAUGAAUGAAACAUGGGCUGUGAUUACUGCAAUCACUGAUGUGCUUCCAGCAGGUGACGCUUUGGAAGAUGUAGAAGCAAUAACAAGGUACUUGAGUACCUACCAGCGGAAUCUCAAUGCAAGCCUCAACUUUCUUGUCCUCCUUUUCCAUAGCAAGUGUGAAGACUGAUCCGGAUCGGCCAAUUAAAAAUGAAAACCUGACUUGGUUCCAUAGAGCCAAGUAGAUGUGAAGCACAUUUGUGUUUCUGGAAUCACAGCUCAAGCGUUCUGUUUAUCACUCACUCUCCGUGUAGCCUUCUUUUGCUGGUGCUUUGCCUUCUGAUGCUACCUUGAGUCUCGCAUGACAUGGUGAGACUGGAGGAAGGUUCUCAGUUGGGUGUUUUCCAGUUCCUACCAGUGCUCCCACCUGAAAUGAUGCGGGAUUGCAUUUUUAAAGCUGUGUUGUCCAGACUUAUUUCUUUUUUGGCCUCUUGUAAAGUCCCCAGAAGAAAAUUUGUUAAUCCUUCUCACUCUAUUUUCAUGAUGACAAUCAAAGCUGACCCAAGAAACACAAUUUGUGGCUGUUUAAAUGAUCAGUGAUAUCCUUAAAAUGUGGUUUGCCAAUCUGUAUGUACAAAACGGUCCUAUUUUUGUGAAGAGGGACGUGAGAUAAAAUGAUGUUAUACAUCAAUAUGUAUAUAUGUAUUUCUAUAUAGACUUGGAGAAUACUGCCAAAACCUUUAUGACAAGCUGUAUCACUGCCUUUGUUUAUAUUUUUUUAACUGUGAUAUUCCCCACAGGCACAUUAACUGUUGCACUUUUGAAUGUCCAAAAUUUAUAUUUUAGAAAUAAUAAAGAGAAAAAUACUUACAUGUUCCCAAAACGGAGGUGUGGUGAGUGUGUGAGUGGAACUAACUAGAUUGGGAGGGUCUACCCAUACGAAAUGUAUCACAAACGCCCCAUUCAUGUUUUUAUUUUAAAGUGUGUAAAUGAAGAUCUUUAUAUUUCAAUAAAUGAU